UCAUUCUCUUUUUUUUUUUUAGUAUAUAUAUAUAAAUUUUAAUUUUAUUUAAAUUGAAUUUUCCCAUUUUUAUUUUUUGCAUUUGAUAACAGAGCAAAGUCUUUGAGACUGAUUCCAGAAAUAGCUUUCUCUGUUCUUGGAUUUCUUUCUUUCUUCUUCUGCUUCUGCUUCUGCUUCGCCUUGUAAAUCUUUUUCUGUUGCAGUGUUUUUUUUUUCCUAUAAUCAUAACAGCUUUUACAGAUCUUGUUCCUAUAUUUGGUUGUAAAAGCCCUCAGUGGAAUUCUCCUGCAGCAGAGAAUCUGAUUUUUGUUGGUUUGAUUUGCAGUUUCAGUCUAAGGAGGAGACUAAGUUAGAAAAUGGGUUACAUUUGUGAUUUUUGUGGGGAUCAGAGGUCCAUGGUCUACUGCAGAUCAGAUGCUGCAUGUUUAUGUUUGUCCUGUGAUCGAAAUGUGCACUCAGCUAAUGCUUUGUCCAAAAGGCAUUCAAGAACCCUCUUAUGUGAGAGAUGCAAUGCACAACCUGCAUUAAUUAGAUGUGCUGAAGAGAAGAUCUCUCUUUGUCAAAAUUGUGAUUGGAUGGUUCAUGGCUCCUCUUCCUCCUCUACCAACCAUAAAAGGCAAACAAUCAAUUGUUACUCUGGCUGUCCAUCAGCUUCUGAGCUUGCUUCAUUGUGGUCCUUUGUUUUGGACUUAACUUCUGCCGGUGAAUCUACUUGCGAACGGGAGUUGGGAUUGAUGAGCAUUAUUGAAAAUAGCUGCAGUAGGGAAUGGGGUCCUCCUGAGAAUACAGUUAACCAAAAUGUAUCUGGUACUGUUGCUGUUGAUGAGGCAGAUGUAGCUAAAUCAAGUGUUUAUGGUGGAACUUCUUCAAUGCCUGAAUUUAUCUCUGGGCCAAACAAUCCAGAGCAGCCAGUGGGAUCUGCAAAUGCCCCUUUGCCAAAGUUCUGCUGUCCUGGAACUAAAGGUCCUGCACUUUGUGAAGAUGAUGAUCUCUACGAGGACUUCAAUAUGGAUGAAAUGGAUUUGAAUCUUGAAAACUACGAGGAACUCUUUGGUGUUACCCUCAGUCAUUCAGAAGAGCUUCUUGAGAAUGGUGGGAUCAAUAGCUUGUUUGGGACGAAGGACAUAUCUGCAGCUGAUUCCAACUGUCAGGGUGCAGUGGCUGCUGAGGGAUCAUCAGUUGGACUGGUUAAUGCAAUGCAGCCAGCAUGUAGCAAUGCAGCAUCGGCUGAUUCCAUGCUGAGUGCUAAAACUGAACCAAUCCUUUGUUUUACAACAAGGCAAGGCCAUUCAAGCCUCUCAUUUUCUGGCCUUACUGGAGAGAGCAGUGCUGGAGAUUAUCAAGAUUGUGGAGCAUCUUCAAUGCUUCUCAUGGGAGAGCCUCCAUGGUGUCCCCCGUGCCCUGAGAGUUCAUGCCCAUCAUCUAACCGAUGUAAUGCUGUAAUGCGUUACAAGGAGAAAAAGAAGACUCGAAAGUUUGAGAAGAAAGUGAGGUAUGCUUCACGUAAAGCAAGGGCUGAUGUAAGAAGACGUGUAAAGGGACGAUUUGUCAAAGCUGGUGAUGCUUAUGAUUAUGACCCGCUGAGCCAAACCAGAAGCUAUUGAGUACAAUUUUUAUACAUACUCUUAGAAAGAAAAACUAAAAAGAAAAAGGAAAGAAACUGAGGUUUAUUUUGAGAGCAUUAAUUUUUAUUAACUAAACGCUGGCUGACAUUGAUGCAUGAUUUUCCUUGUGCAAUAACAAGCUGUAUGAUUGUAUCACAGGGAUCUAAGUCUUCAUGCGAAGACAAAAAAAAAAAUGAUGAAAAAGAGCUGGUUUCUCGUGCUUCGCCAAUAAAGUUUGGAUGCACAAGUUUCCAUCAACACCAAGGACACGUUUUCCACAUCAUCGAACAAGGCCACACGGAUUGUCUUGCCGUUAAAACUAUGAAUCUUGAAUUCCUUUCCACUUCCAUUAACAACUUGUUCUGUCCAGUUCUUUGCUAGGGGAAGGAAACUAUUUAAUUAUGAAGCCAUAGAAAUGUUCAGUGCUCAUAAUGUUGACUAUUACUCUCCUAGCUUCUUGCUCUGGUCACUUGUAUAAAAGUGGCUCCCACAGCAUGGUGGGUGACUGAACUGAACUGAACUGAACUGAACUCUCAGUUGCAUGACCAACCAAAGAUCUUGCAGUUGUAAAUUCUUUUUUUACCCCUUUCAUUUUGUUUUCCAUUGGAUAUGUAUAGUACAGAAUCUAUAUUUCAGAUGAGGGUAUGUCUGGUCCAAACACUUGGUAAGACCAGACACAGAAACUUUAAGCUGUAAUUUUUCCCUUUUGGACAGAUAGAAUAUGCUGGUAACAGGGUAGUUUAUAGUGAUAAAUUGCAAGUAUUGAAUGUGUGUGUGUGAGUAUUUUUAGGUUAAUUAUUGAUGCAAUUGAAUGAAUUUGCAGAAAUUUAUUCAAAGACAGGAAUUAAUACCUUGUUGUUUA